GACACACACACAGAGACACACGGGGAGGGAGGGAGGGAAGGAGGGGAGCUGUCCGGAGUCCUCAAGGAAGAAAAGGCGACAAUGAUCCACAAAAUCCCGGACCAUAUCCAAAGCUUAGACAAACAUGUGAAUUCCUUUGUGGACUACAUGUUCGGUGAACGAGAUGCCAGGGUUCGGGGCUGGCCGUUGCUGGAUUCCUAUCUCCCCACUUUCUUCCUCACCCUCUUGUAUCUUUCCACCAUCUGUCUCGGGACACAGUACAUGAGGAAGAGGCCGGCCUACACUCUCAGGAGCUUGCUGAUCACCUACAACUUUGGAGUCAUGCUCCUCUCUCUCUACAUGUUCGUUGAGUUGGUUUCGGCGAGCUGGGAAGGUCGUUACAAUCUGCUGUGUCAGAAUCUUCACAGCGCUGGCACAGCUGACGUUCGGGUGGCCAAGGUGCUGUGGUGGUACUACUUUUCCAAGGCCAUUGAAUUUAUGGACACGAUAUUUUUUAUCUUGCGGAAAAAGAACAGUCAGAUUACCUUUCUUCAUGUGUACCACCAUGCGUCAAUGUUCAACAUCUGGUGGUGUGUCCUCAACUGGAUUCCAUGUGGUCAGAGCUUCCUGGGACCAACACUCAACAGUUUUAUCCAUGUUCUCAUGUACUCCUAUUACGGUCUCUCCACCAUCCCAGCUAUGCAUCCGUACCUCUGGUGGAAAAAAUACCUCACCCAAGCCCAGCUGGUACAAUUCAUACUCACAAUUGCCCACACACUCAGUGCAGUGGUAAAGCCCUGUGGCUUUCCAUCAGGUUGCCUGCUCUUCCAGUCGUCUUAUAUGGCCACUCUUGUACUGCUCUUCAUCAACUUCUACAGGAAGACGUACAGCAGAACACAACGCAAGGAGACGGCUGCGAACACUUUCAGUCAAUUAAACAACGGUUACUGCAAAACCAACGGCAGCCCUUCCAUGAAGGAGGAUUAAUAUCCGCACAGUCCGCGCAUCAGUGUCUCACCACCAAGCUGUAUUUGCACAUGCUUCCUACAGACCAGCGCUAAGAUAGCAAGUGAAACUAAUCACGUGCUGGUUUACAAAUCCUGUCACUGUAUAGCCUAAAAAAAAAAAUGUAAAUGAUUGCAUUCUCAAUCCUAGAUUGGUCUUAGAGGAAUGUACCUCACCCUAGAGAAUCACCUGAAAUUAAUAACUGUGUAUGAAGGAACUGCAGAUGCUGGUUUAAACCGAAGGUAGACACAAAAUGCUGGAGUAACUCAGCAGGACAGGCAGCAUCGCUGGAGAGACAAUAGGUGCAGGAAUAGGCCCUGCAAGCCAGCACCGCCAUUCAAUGUGAUCAUGGCUGAUCAUCCCCAAUCAGUGCCCCGUUCCUGCCAUUUCCCCCAUAUCCCCUGUCUCCACUAUCUUUAAGAGCCCUAUCCAGCUCUCUCUUGAAAGCAUCCACCACCCUCUGAGGCAGAGAAUUCCACACACUCACAACUCUCUGUGAGGAAAAAGUGUUUCCUCGUCUCCGUUCGGGUCGAGUCUGAAGAAGGGUCUCAGCCCGAAACGUCGCCCAUUCCUUCUCUCCAGAGAUGCAGCCUGUCCCGCUGAGUUACUCCAGCAUUUUGUGUCUAUAUUUUGAAAUGAAUAACUUGACUGGCUUCUCCCAAAAUUUUCAGUAGAUGCACCUGAUUUGCACAGAGUUUAUGAAACUAAGUUUAUUAUGAUUCUACAGCAGGGGCAGAAAUUAACUACAAUUUAAAUUGGAGCUUUUUAUAUUAAAACGCCUGAUCUAGGUGGGUUCCAGUAAUUCGCUCAAAGAUUCUCGUUUUUCUACUCAAUGAUAAUAAUGUUUGAAUGGUUUGAUUUCGUUUUAUGAGAUAAAUGUGAACUUUUUACUCCGCCGCCCAAUCGAGCCAGUUUGUACAAAUCUUUUAAAAUGUCGAAUAAAAUCCCCACAUCUUCCACCAUGUUACAGGAAAGAUGUUGUCAAGCCGGAGAGGGUACAGAGAAGAUUUACCAGGAUAUAGAUUGAGAUGCAGGAAGAAAUGUUCCCGAUGUUGGGGGAGUGCAGAACCAGGGGCCAUAGUUUAAGAAUAAGGGGUCGGCCAUUUUGGACUGAGAUGAGGAAGAACAUUUUCACCCAGAGAGUUGUGAAUCUGUGGAGUUCUCCGCCACAGCAGGCAGCGGAGGCUAAUUCACUGGAUGUGUUCAAGAGAGAGUUAGAUUUAGCUCUUAGGGCUAACGGAAUCAAGGGGAUAUGGGGAGAGAGCAGGGACGGGGUACUGAUUUUAGAUGAUCAGCCGUGAUCAUUUCGAAUGGCGGUGCUGGCUCGAUGUGGGCCGAAUGGCCUACUGAUGUUGCCAUCACUUGAGGGUGUGAGCUAUAGGGAGAGGUUGAGUAAGCUGGGACUCUAUUCCCUGGAGUGCAGGAGGAUGAGGGGUGAUUGUAUAGAGGUGUAUAACAUCAGUAGAGGAAUAGAUCGGGUAGAUACACAGAGUCUCUUGCCCAGAGUUGGGGAAUCGAGAUGACAUAGGUUUCAGGUGAAGGGGAAAAGAUUUAAUAGGAAUCCGAGGGGUAACUUUAACACACAGAGGGUGGUGGGUGUAUGGAACAAGCUGCCAGAGGAGGUAGUUGAGGCUGGGACUAUCCCAACGUUUAAGAAACAGUUGGACAGGUACAUGGAUACGUUAAGUUUGGAGGGCUAUGGACCAAACGCAGGCAGGUGGGCCCGGUGUAGAUGGGACAUGUUGGUCGGUGUGGGCAAUUUGGGCCGAAGGGCCUGUUUCCACGCUGUAUCACUCUAUGACUAUCACAAACGCAUUGCGGUUUUUCUAAUAUAAGGUUCUAUGAUCUGCAUAUACAUCAGGAAAGAAGUCCAAAAAUUAUUGGAUUCGUUCGAGUUGACAAAUAAAAUUUCAUGUGCGCAAAUUUUAUUCUGCAUCUCAAAUUUGUCAAUCUGCAACGGGUGAAUUUCUGUUAAUCUAACGACCAUAACGCAGGAGUCGCCUGUAUGUGUGUAGUUUACGGUACAGUAGUUAGUUACAUGUACUGAGGUACAGUGAAAAUUCAUUUCAUUUUUGAAUACAGUUCAGUACAGGUAUAGCUAUACAUUAAUAUUAACCUACGAUGAGCGUUUGUCGGCACUGGGCCUGUGCUCGCUGGAGUUUAGUUACAGAAUAGUGAAAGGCUUGGAUAGAGUGGAUGUGGAGAGGAUGUUUCCACUCGUGGGAAGAGCCUAGGACUAGAGGUCACAGCAUCAGAAUUAAAGGACGUUCCUUUAGGAAGGAGACGAGGAAGAAUUUCUUUAGUCAGAGGGUGGUGAAUCUGUGGAAUUCAUUGCCGCAGAAGGCUGUGGAGGCCAAGUCAGUGGAUAUUUUUAAGGCUGAGAGAUUGUUGAUUAGUGCGGGUGUCAGAGGUUAUGGGGAGAAGGCAGGAGACUGGGGUUAGGAGGGAGAGUUAGAUCAGCCAUGAUUGAAUGGCGGAGUAGAUUUGAUGGGCCGUAUGGCCUAAUUCUGCUCCUAUCACUUUGACCUUGACAAAAGCACCAAGAUAUAUGUUAGACAAGCAUCUCAGAUACAGUAAAAGUGCACAGCAGGGCGGCUCGGUGGCGCAGCUGUAGAGUUGCUGCCUCACAGCGCCAAAGACCCGGGUUCAACCCCGACUACGGGGGCUGUCUGUACGGAGUUUGCACGUUCUCCCGGUGACCUGUGUGGGUUUUCCCCGAAAACUUCGGUUUCCUCCCACACUCCAAAGACAUACAGGUUUGUAGGUUAAUUGGCUCGGCGUAAAAAACUCGGCGCGGACUCGAUGGGCCGAAGGGCCUGUUUCUGCGCUGUAUCUCUAAAACGGAACUGUAAAUGC